AUGAGUCAAGAGUAUCUUCAUCAUCAAGGUUUGAGGUUGAUAUUUGAUAAAUAUGGUGAGGUGGUUGAUUCUUUCAUCCCUAAUAAAAGAAACAAGGGAGGAAGUAGGUUUGGCUUUGUACGCUUCACCAGAUUGGAGGAUGCGAGGAAGGCUAUCAUCUAUGCUGAUAAAUAUACGAUUCAUGGUAAUAAAGUUAGAGUUUUCAUGGUGAGAUUUCAACCCCGUGAAGCUUUUUGGAGGAAGAAGUAUUCUGGUCCAGAAUCAGCCAAGACCAAGAGUAGAGUGGAGGAAGAUAGUCAUUCAAAGACUCCCAUUGUCGGUUUUUUUGAUAAGGAUAAGCUAUUAAUCCUUAGAGACUGCUUGAGUGGAAGUGUGGUCGGAAAAUUUUCAGUGCAUCAGCCGUCGGGCAUGGCUAUCGUGCAAAGGGAUCCCACCGGGGGCGGAGCAUGGUGCGCUGACGUUGUGGAAGCGGCUGAUGUUUCAUUGAUUGAAGAAAUACAAGCUGUAGGCAUAGGUCCCGAGGAAGACUUUAAUUUGGCUGCUCCGCAUGCGUCGUUCUGCCAGAGGAGCGUUUUUGUCAAUGAAAGGGAGACAAUAAUUAUGGGGCUAGUGGAUUCUUCUGAAGGAAAUUUAAACUUUGGUGUACAAGUUAUAAAAGAUGUUGAUCUCGAAGAUCUGAGGGAGCUAGGAUCUGAUACAUAUGGUACUGUUUAUCAUGGAAAAUGGCGGGGAACAUAUGUUGCUAUAAAGAGAAUAAAAAAGAGUUUCUUUUCUGGGAGAUCAUCAGAAAAAGACCGACAGAUUCAAGACUUUUGGAGAGAAGCGCAGAUCCUCUCAAAUCUGCAUCAUCCAAAUGUGGUUGCGUUUUAUGGAGUAGUACCAGAUGGAAGUGGAGGAACAUUGGCAACUGUAACUGAAUAUAUGGUAAAUGGAUCACAUAGGAAUUUCCUAAUUAAGAAGGAAAUGCUCAUAAUUGCCAUGGGUGCUGCUUUUGGCAUGGAAUACUUGCAUUCCAAAAACAUUGUUCAUUUUGAUCUAAAAUGUGGCAAUUUGCUUGUCAAUCUAAGGGACCCACAACGACCCAUAUACAAGAUCAGAGAUUUUGGAUUAUAA